UAAUGAAGCCAUGACUUCUGUUGAACAAGACAAGCUAGGUCAAGCCUUUGAAGACGCUAUCGAAGUACUAAGGCAUCAUUCAACGGGAGAUCUUCAACACUCCCCAGAUUACAAAAAUUACCUGACUUUCGUUAACCAUUGUCCUCACAUCAGAGGAAAUUCCAGCUACUAUGGAGUGUGUCCUACAGAGGAACCCAUCUAUAAUUGGAGAACUGUGAUAAACAGUGCUGCAGACUUCUAUCAUGAAGGUAAUAUUCAUCAACCUCUGCAGAAUAUAACUGGAAAUCAGUUGGCAGAACCUGUUGUCUUCCAGCAAAAGGGAGUGAAAGGCAGAAAGAAGCUCAGGCUGUUUGAAUACCUUCAUGAGUCCCUGUGCGAUCCUGAGAUGGCCUCCUGUAUUCAGUGGGUAGAUAAAACCAAAGGCAUCUUUCAGUUUGUAUCCAAAAACAAAGAAAAACUUGCUGAACUUUGGGGGAAAAAAAAAGGCAAUCGGAAGACCAUGACUUACCAGAAAAUGGCCAGAGCCCUGAGGAAUUACGGAAGAACUGGGGAAAUCACCAAAAUCCGAAGAAAGCUUACCUACCAGUUCAGUGAGGCUGUUCUCCAAAAACUCUCUCCACCUCAUUUCUUGGGUAAAGAAAUUUUCCAGUCACAGCCUGUUCAACCUGAUCAAGAAUAUCUCAGUUUAAGUAACUGGAAUGCCAAUCACAACUAUGCCUAUACCAAUUACCAUGAGCUAAAUUACGUUGAUUGCUAAAUAUUCUCUCUCAUUUCCCCAUUGCCUGGCAUCAGAAAACCCUAGAAGCUUCAGGAUUUUUCUCUGAAAGCAGU